ACUAACUCCACCCACCUCACUCUGUGUAUCAGACAGCAAAGUGACUCAGAUCAGUCCUCAGGGACCAACUAUUUCAUAUAUCUGAUGUAUUCCAACACUAACACACCUGAUUCAACUAGUCAAGGGCUUUAUGAUUAGUUGACUUAGUUGAAAGAGGAGUGCAAGUGUUGGAAUAGACCUAAUAUGUGAAAUGGUUGGUGGUCCAAUACCUGAUUCACACAUUUGUAACCAGGCCACCACAUUACAGCUCGGCUUGGCCCUAUAGUAUGCAUGUCAGGCACCAGAGGACUGGGUUGAGCAACACUGAGAGGACUUGCAGCCCUGGUUUAGUUUAAAACAACACUUCAGAUUGUACAUUUAAACAGGACAUUUCCUACACGGCUGAGUAACCUUGACUACAGAAGCCCCCGGCCUACAGCCUUCUACUAACAUCUAUACCCGUGCUGCGAAUGGCAAAUCAAAACUCAACAUCUCCUAAACUCACAAAUGCCAGUGCUUUUUCAAACAUUUUACAUCGUUUAUUUUUCCUUUUUUUCUCCACUUUUUGGUUUGUUUUAGAAAUCUUUGGAUGUUCAUUAUUAUUAUUAAUACUAUUAAAAUAAAAAUGUAAAAGUCAAAAGAAUAGAAAACACAUUACACACUGCUGCUUGUUUGACAGCGGUUGAGCAAAGUACGUACCAACUGUAUAACUUUUGUCUGCAUCUGAAAUGACACCCUAUACAGUGCACUACUUUUGAAUAGAGCCAUAGGGUUUGGGUUAGUAGAGAUGUGAUUUAUCCUGAAUAAUCAGAAAUUCUUGGUUUUCUGACAUUAUCUUCCAUUCAUAUGAAACUAACAUAGCCCCUAGUCCAAAUCCUGAUCCUGAUUUUCAAUGUUGUCCUGAUCACAUCCCUGGAUUAGCCAUAGGGUUCUGGGCAGAAGUAGUGCACUAAAUAGGAAACAGGAUGUAGUGUCAGAUGUGUGUCAGCCCGUUGUCAGGGCAAUGGUGUGGUCUCUGGCAGUGUUCAGAACACAUGAUGAAGCGACGGAGCUGAGAUACAGGAGAAGAAGUAUACAAACCCACUCCUUCAUCUGAUCUAAGCAGGAGACUGUUAUAAGGCUGUAACACAAAACUGAAUGUUCAUUUGGUUGUUUUUUUUGGUUGUUUUCGCUCAAAAAAUCUACUAUAUACAAAUCUAGAUUUUCUACUAAGGCAUAAAUUAAAGCAAUGGUUAAGCAAUAAUACAAAAACACAAUUAAAUUAAAACGAAAUCAUCACAACACAGAAGAAGAGAAAAUUAAAAAAUAUGAACACAUUAUCACAGCAGUUGUUGGUUUUACCCUGUAAAAAACAAUAGUCUACCAUCAUUAUAAUAUCGGAAUAAGUACCCAAUGUCUGAUAACAAAAUAGUACACUUCAUCUCUCCAUCCAGACAAGUUUCAAACCUCAAGACCCUGAAACUUGUCCUCUGCGACCUUAAACAGAACACUUCUGCCAAAACAAAUGUCCAGAAUAAAUAAGAACCAUAAAGCUUUUUGAAAUAAGUAACAAUAACAACAUUAGUUACCAAACUAGUUGAGUUCUUCCUUGACCCACUUUGACUCUCUAUCCACAGAACCACAGAGGUCUCACUAUGAGGUAUUCAGAGACAAACACGGCCAGAGUGCUGGGCCUUCCUUCAAAGGGGAGGAGAGAGGAUGGGAGGAGAGGGGAGGGAGGGUGGGCUGGGGAGACAGAAGAAGAAGAAGAAGAAGAAGAAGAAGAAGAAGAAGAAGAAGAAGAAGAAGAAGAAGAAGAAGAAGAAGAAGAAGAAGAAGAAGAAGAAGAGCUUUGGUAUAUCAGCAGGAGUGGAGAUCAGAAAUUCCUUUGACAGAAACUCUGACCAAUCCAAAUGGCUGCUGAACAUUCCAGUGGCUCCUGUAAGAUUCCUCCUCAAAGCUGAUUGGCCCGUCCCACAGGAUCUCCAUCCACUGGUCAGAACCCACACAGCUGAUAGGCUGAUUAAACGUCCAUCCAGAGGCCCUCCCUCAAACCGACCAGUCAAAGAUAAGGACAGUGGGCGGGAGGUAUUAAAGCUGUGA